AUGACACCGGAUAUGGAGGCCGCGGGUCGCGUAACACAUGUGAAUGGGUUCGCCGACAGCGCAAAGACCACCAACACGAGUGUUAACCCGUACGAAACCAGCCCAGACCAUAUUCCGCGUGACGACCCCUUUCUCGCCCAAAGCGCACAAUAUGGACGUUACACCCCGCAACCCAACGAUUUCACCCCUCACCACAAGCACUGGUACCACUCUGACCCCGAUGCGAACGCCUUUUGGGUGGGAGUUGCCGAGAAAUUCUGCACCCCGGAGCACUCGCUAAACAUCACGGGGCCCAGGGAAGGAUUCGCUGCAGGCAGCGUGAUCAUAUGGGUUGACCGCGAGUCCGCUGCUGGCGCAGCUGCAGAAGUGUUUUCUUGCGUGAAUGCUAAUGAAUUGUCUGCGGCACGAAAAGUUGAGGAGCCACUCAGAGAGAUCGGCGUUGCAGUUCCAGUGACAUAUUUUUGUGGGACAAUCGAAGGGCGGAACGUAACAGUGGAAUCUCGAAUCCCUGGAGUCUCGCUCGAAGUUGCAGGUCGAUACCUCACCCCGAAACAGAUCAAUGUUUUCAAAAACCAGACUCGCCAAAUCCUACAAAUACUCGCCUCCAUCGACGCCUCCCUCGACGAACCUACUUAUGUCUGCCGCGGACUCAACUCCCAGGAACCGCCCUCCCGCCAGGAAUCAGAGCGUACCAUACUAUUCGCCGAGAAGAAUACGAAGGAGGAGCUGUGUUUCACUCAUAAUGAUUUGGUGCCAGCGAAUAUAAUUGUGAAAGAUGACCGGGUUGUGGGCGUUACUGGCUGGCGACAAAGUGGAUUUUUCGGCUUUGAGAGAGCGAAAAAGAUACACCGGUUAUUAAGGAAUACAGAUCUGCCUAAGCCGAAGGGCGGCAAGGGUACGACAUGGUCAGAUCUCUACGAUGGUGAUUACGAUCCGAGCCAAGGUACACUGGUCGCAAUCAAAGAUACCCCUCUUCCAUCAGUCAAAACAGAACCUAACGGGGAUGAUUUUGAAACCAAGUCUUUUGGGGGUGAUGGCACGAAUGACUAUGCGACCUCGAAGAAACUUUCCAAUCUCAGAAAUGGCGUGAACUCCCGAGCAUCAUCUUCCGAUCGGUCCUCGCCCGCAAACUCUGUGAAGCCCCCGGCAAAAAAGGGACCUGCCAAAAAGAAGCCCGUGGCCAAGCGCAAGGCGAAUGAACCAGAUGCAGAUAGUCUGGAUGGACGCCGAUCCAAUACUCCUGCAUCUCGCACGACCAAAAUACCUGGUCACAAGCAGGAUUCUGUGUCUAUUGCAGGAUCUCCUGCGCCCGAAUUAAAGAAAAACCCUAAAAAGCGUACCAAGCGGCCAACCGAGGAAGACGACGAGGAAGAGUCAGAUGAAAACGCUCUUUUCUGUAUCUGUCGACGACCCGACAAUCAUACAUGGAUGAUCGGGUGUGAUGGUGGAUGUGAAGAUUGGUUCCAUGGAAAAUGUGUCAAUAUCGAUUCUCGAGACUCUGAAUUGAUCGAGAAGUACAUAUGCCCAAACUGCAGUGAGAAUGGCAAACGCUGCACCACGUGGAAACCAAUGUGUCGUCUCCUUGAGUGUCGUAAGCCAGCGCGCGUUGCGCAGAAGAGCAAAUACUGCUCUGAUGAGCAUGGUCAUGAAUUCAUGCGCCGUCAAAUUUGCAACCUCAAAUUGGCGCCUGACAGAAAAGGACAAGAGGACCUAGGUAGCAUGGGCGGUAUUCUCACGCCUGGCGAUCUCCGGGCAGCAAUUCUCGGGGUGAAGUCUGUGGCAGAGUUUAGGCAACUUGGUGAUAAAAUUCUGUCACCGUCACCAGAAUCCAUCAAGGAAGACACUCCCAGUGGUGACAUCCCCAAUGGUGACACGAAAGAGAAGUCACCACCGGAUACUAAAAAUGAAUUCGAUAUCGACGCACACAAUGUUGAGUAUUCAGUCGAGGAAGCGGCUAAAAUCGAAAAGAUCCGGGCACGACGCAAUGAACUCCUCCACCGCAAAGAGAUGCUUGCUGCUCGUACAAAAUUCGUGACCCUUUUACGCCAGAGAGCUAAGGGCCUGGUAGAAAGGUUGAAGCAGCAGGAGCCAAAAGGCGGGUGGAAGGACAUUUGCGGGUUUGACAUGCGACUCGCAUGGUCUGACCAAGAGUUCGAUGAUUGGCGUUUGUCCGAAGCUGGAAAACUUGCUCUCGCGGAAGGAACAGUUCAAGCUCUGGCUUCUAGCUACCCUGCUGACGAGGACACACCAAUGGGCGGUACAGCAGAAGAGGAAAUGAACUUCUUAACCCGCGGAGUCUGCAUCAAGAAACGUUGCGAGAGACAUAAGCAAUGGACAAAGGUGCAACAACAGGAUAUCGUGUUCGAAGAAGAUACCGCAGACCAAGAUCUCGCUCAGUGUGCCAUAGACGCACGCUCCGUCGCUGAGAGAGCUGUUCUGCGGAGGUGGGCGGAAAGAGAAAACAUGCCAACAAAUGCGAGCUAG